ACCUCAGUCUCAUGCUUUCUCUUGAGCUCUCCUUGUGGUGGUAACUGCAGCCGAGCGGGCUGGAUCUGGCGUGAUCGAUCGGGACGUACAUAAUAUCGCUGGUACAGUGACGCUGGGAGACGGGUCGCUCCGUUCAGCGUGCCGUGGGUGCUUCUGUGACGACAGGUCUAUUUGCUGCUGUUUUUGUUGGAUCUCCUCCGCCUGCAUUGCUGCUAUGCUGCGCCACGGCUAACCGGGUUGCAGCUAAACGUGUGGUUCAUUGGGCGUCAUCGCUUCCCUGGAGUGGCUGCUGUUUCGGCUCUUUUGUGACGUUUCUUCUUUUUGCCGGUUCUGUUCGCCGGCUCUUCGUUGCGGCUCUCUUAUGUUACGGCUCUCUUUUUAGUGUUUACAACUUGCUGUUUCAACUGUGUUGGUUUGGUGAGCCUCGGCGGUAGUUUAAUCCCUGGUGGUGGUUCACAGAUCCCCUUUUUCGUUGGUGUGUCGUGUCACAGGUGUGAUUAUUUGGACCCCUUUUUCCCUUUUGAUUUUCUGAUUAUUUCUUAUUUUUGUCUGCCGCCAUGGUAAGCCAACCUACUCCUUAAUAUUUAAGUUGAGUACUCCCGAUUUCCUAUUUUAAACUGUGGCCUUUACUUAUUUAAAAUUAAUAAUAUAAUUUAAUAAAGAAAUUGUUAUAUUUUUGGAAACACGUCUCUUGCCCGAGUGAUUUCGAACCUGUGGGCCUUGAGUGUUUAAAUGGUCCUUGGUUGAUCAUGUGAGUACUGAGUAGAAUGUCCUGGGGGUGAAAUUUCCCUGGGUGGCGUUGUCGCAACAUCUAUUUAAAUCCUAGCCAUUCAUUCCCCUUCCUCUCCAAGAGUUCCCCUCAUCACGCCACAUAUAGAGAGUGGAUUGAUGGAUCUACUCGGCGUGGUAUGGCUCGCCACUACUAUACUGGACUCGGCUCGUCUCAGUUUAGUUGUUUUUCCAUUACAGUGAGUACCACCUCAUCUUUCGUGGAGCCGUCAUAGCGCGGCCCGAAAGUCCCUUAAAGUCAUUUGUGUGCGACACAAACACAACACAACAAUGGACAUGGAGACGAUUAUGGAAUAAAUUUCCUAUCAUAAUUCAAGAGCAUUUUAAAUUGAUUUGAGGGCAGCAUUUAUCGAUUUCAUUCUCAGAUUUUGGGAUAUUGUCUCUCAGAACUCUGCUCUCGCGCUCAAAUUUGCUCUGCGUGUGCUCAAACUGUGUCCUCGCACUUGGUUACGAUGCUGCUUGCGCAGAUUUCCUGCACUCAAACUCAAACUCUUCCUCUUGCUCUCAUGGAACUUCUGCUCUGCUCUCAGAUUUUUGUGUAUCAACGCUGUCAACCAAUAGAAGGCCGGCGAGCUUUGACCAAUCAGCUUAUCCCUGUUUGUAUACGGGUGCGUUCGCUGUUUUCCGAGGAGCGUCGCAUACGGGCGGGCACUCUUUCAACAGGUUUUAUCCACUCCCUACCUCCGGGACUGUAAUAAAUGUGAUUUAUUUUAUUUUUUGACCACUGUUGGAAUAAAAUAUCAUUCAAUGCAUACAACAGCGUCCGAGCUUCUCAUUAAAAUGGCUAUACUGUAUAAUAAUAGCGGCAUCGAACACUGCUCUUUGAGGUGUCCUGGUGGAGAAAAGAAUGUCACCAUCCUGAAGCUAGCAGCGGGACAGCAGAUGGCUUGCUAAAAUGGACCGGCAAAGUCGAAGCGCUCAGGCAAGUUAUUAAUGAAAACUAUAAAAUAUUUAUUUGAUCAUAUACCUGGUUUUAAACAUACAUGAACACUAUACAAAAUGUAUUUAUAUAUCCCUGUAUUUUCUUUGUUUUGUUUUGAAAACGAUUUAUAUCAUUAAUAAUCGGAUGCUAUCCUCAUCAGGAAGUGGUACUGAAAAUGUUAAAUAUAAGCAUUCUUGUUUCAGGUUAUGUUUAAUGUGCAAAUGAGGUCAGUACACUCAGAUAAGACAAUGCGCCAAUAUGCACUGCUUUCUUUUCCAACAGAACCUGCUCAGACAUCAUAUCUUUGAAAGACUGCAAACCAAGUUUCAGUAUGUCAUCAGUCAUCCUUACUUGGACCUUGACAACAUAUGAGGACGGCUCUUUUAUGGGACUUCAUGGGAUGUACCUGAAACAGCAGCACAUGAGCCUGCAGUGGCACAAGGUGUAGAGGUAGACACUGUACUUGGACCUGGCUGAUGCCGCAGAAAUCAAGAGCUCUUUCGUGAUGGGAAUCUUGGUCACCCUGCCAUGUUGAGUGACAUAGUCACACACAAGCCUGUGCGCAACAACAGUGUCCUCCUGCAUGUUACACGUUUCAACUUCAACGUUGGACAAAGAGGGCAGGAGGAUUCCUGCAGGCGACGGCUGACGUUACUGUGAGCGUAUUGCGUCAUUUCCUGUUUCAGCACUGUGUCGUGUUGUUAGCAUGGCUUCUGCUUCUGCCUCUUCCUCUCCCUCUCCCUCUCUCUCCCUCUCCUGCUCAGUGUGCCACAUGUUUAGUUAUUCCUCUGCCUCCUUUAGUGAUAACAAUAUGUGUAAUAAGUGCAGCCUUUUUGUAGUUCUGGAGGCGAGGCUCUCCGAAUUGGAAUCGCGGCUCCGCACCAUGGAAAAUAACCCGCUAGCAGCUAGCCAAGCCCCCUUAGCCGGUGCGGACCGCAAUAGCUUAGCUAGUGUAGCAUCUGUUAGCCGUCCCUUAGCAGCGCCCGAACAGCCGGGUGGAUGGGUGACAGUUCGUAGGAAAAACAGUCCUAAACUCAAGCCUGCUGUCCCAGCUCACCACAAACCGCUUCAUGUUUCUAAUCGUUUUUCCCCGCUCAGCGACACACCCGCUGAGAAACCAACUCUGAUCAUUGGCAGCUCCAUAGUCAGAAACGUGAAGCUAGCGACACCAGCGACCAUAGUUAAAUGCCUCCCAGGGGCCAGAGCGGGCGACAUAGAAGCAAAUUUGAAACUGCUGGCUAAAGAUAAUCGUAAAUAUAGUAAGAUUGUUAUUCACGUCGGCGGUAACGACACCCGGUUACGCCAAUUGGAGGUCACCAAAAUUAGCGUGGCAUCGGUGUGUACUUUCGCCAAAACCAUGUCGGACUCCGUAGUUUUCUCUGGACCCUUGCCUGAUCUGACCAGCGAUGACAUGUUUAGCCGCAUGUCGUCGUUUCGCUGCUGGUUGUCUAUGUGGUGUCCAUCAAACGACGUGGGCUUUAUAGAUAAUUGGAGCUCUUUUUGGGGAAAACCUGGUCUGAUUAGGAGAGACGGCAUCCAUCCCACUUUGGCUGGUGCAGCUCUCAUUUCUAGGAAUAUGGCUGAUUUUAUUAGUACUCCUAAAGCAUGACAACCCAGAGUUAAGACCAGGAUGCAGAGCUGUAGUCUUACACACCUCUCUGCAGUUUCCUCACAGCUGUCAUCCUCCAGUAAUUCAGUUAACUUUAUUGAGACUGUGUCUGUCCCCCGACCACCAAAAUUCAAUAAAUUAAACAAAUCAAAAAUAUACAAAAGAAAUAGUAACCACAAAAAUUUAAUAAAAAUUAAUACCUCUAUUUCAACAUAGCAAAGAAACAGGAAAAUUAAAUGUGGUCUGUUAUUAUGUCUAUUAGAUCUCUCUCGUCUAAAUCUCUGCUAGUAAAUGAGUUGAUAACUGAUCACCAGAUUGAUUUGUUCUGUUUGACUGAAACCUGGUUGCAGCAGGAAGACUUUGUUAGCCUAAACGAAUCAACUCCCUCUAGUCAUAUUAACUGUCAUAUUCCUCGAAUCACAGGCCGAGGAGGAGGAGUAGCAGCAAUCUACCAUUCUAGUUUAAAAUUGAACCAGAGGCCUAAACCUGACUACAGCUCAUUUGAAAAUCUCAUUCUUAGUCUCUCUCAUCCAAAUUUGAAAGCUCAGAAACCAGUUUUAUUUGUUGUUAUAUAUCGUCCUCCUGCUCCUUAUUCUGAGUUUUUAUCUCAAUUCUCAGACUUUUUAUCUGAAUUAGUGCUCAGUUCAGACAAAGUUAUAAUUGUGGGUGACUUUAACAUUCAUGUUGAUGUAGACAGCGACAGCCUUACAACAGCUUUUAAUUCAUUAUUAGACUCAAUUGGGUUUUCUCAACAUGUAAAUAAGUUGUUAAAAGGGUAGUUUUAAUCACACUCUUGACCUUGUCCUGACUUAUGGCAUAGAAAUUGAAGAGUUAACAGUAUUUCCCCAGAACCCUCUUCUUUCUGACCAUUUUAUGAUAACGUUUCAAUUUAAAGUAAAGGAUUGUUUAGCAGCUGAGAACAAAUAUCAUUACAGUAGGUGUUUGUCUGACAAUUCAGUUUCUAAAUUUAAGGAAAUAAUACCCUCACUGUUUACUUCAGCAACAUUUACUGAUAAAUCAGAAGGCAAAUAUUAUAAUUUUACCCCCACAGAAGUGGAUUAUUAUGUUAAUAAUGCUUCAGCCUCACUGCGUACAACUCUUGAUAGUGUUGCACCUGUAAAAAAGAAAGUUAUAUCUCAGAGAAGACUUGCUCCUUGGUAUAAUUCCCAGCUGCGGACUUUAAAGCAGGCAUCCCGAAAGCUGGAAAGAAAGUGGUAUUCCACUAAUUCAAGAGGUAGUGUAUGUGUCUUGGAAAAAUAGUCUAGUAAUCUAUAAAAAAGCUCUUUGUAAUGCCAGGACAACUUAUUAUUCAUCUUUAAUAGAGGAGAACAAGAACAACCUUAGGUUUCUCUUUAGCUCUGUAGCCAGGCUGACAAAGAGUCAGAGCUCCGUUGAACCUUGUAUUCCUUUAGCUUUAACCAGUAACGACUUCAUGAGCUUCUUUACACAUAAAAUAGUUCUGAUUAGAGAUAAAAUUAAUCUGGCCCUUCCUACAAAUGUCACAGAUGCUUUUAGACCUGAUGAAUCUUUAGAAUUCUUCACUCCUAUAUGUCUCUCUGAACUAAUUUCAACAGUUUCUACAUCCAAACCAUCAACAUGUCUUUUAGAUCCUAUCCCAACUAGACUCUUCAAGGAGAUUUUACCUUUACCUUUAAUUAAUUCUUCAAUGUUAGAUCUGAUUAAUCUCUCUCUAGUAACAGGCUAUGUACCACAGGCUUUUAAGGUUGCUGUCAUCAAACCUUUGCUUAAAAAGCCCACUUUAGAUCCAGAUGUGUUAGCUAACUAUAGACCAAUAUCCAACCUACCAUUUCUCUCUAAAAUUCUGGAAAGAACAGUUGCAAAUCAAUUAUGUGAACACUUACAAAGGAAUAAUUUGUUUGAAAUGUUUCAGUCAGGCUUCAGAGUGCAUCAUAGCACAGAAACAGCUCUAGUGAAAGUUACUAAUGACCUUCUCAUAGCAUCAGAUAAUGGACUAGUCUCUAUACUUGUUUUGUUAGAUCUUAGUGCAGCGUUUGACACAAUCGACCCCAAAAUUUUAUUACAGCGUCUAGAACAUUCAAUUGGCAUUAAAGGGACAACACUGGACUGGUUUAAAUCCUACUUAUCAGAUAGGUUCCAGUUUGUGUAUGUCAACAAUAACUCUUCUGAGCAUACUAAAGUUAAUCAUGGAGUUCCUCAGGGUUCUGUCUUAGGACCGAUACUUUUCACAUUAUACAUGCUUCCUUUAGGCAAUAUUAUUAGGAAGCAUUGUAUUAACUUCCAUUGUUAUGCAGAUGACACACAAUUGUAUUUAUCUAUGAAGCCAGAUGAAACUGAUCAGUUAGCUAGACUGCAAGAUUGUCUUAAGGACAUUAAAACCUGGAUGACUUUUAACUUCCUACUGCUAAAUUCAGACAAAACUGAAGUCAUUGUAUUUGGCCCAAAACAUCUUAGAAACUCGCUUUCAAAGCAAAUAGUUACUCUGGAUGGCAUCGCAUUGGCCUCCAGUACUACUGUGAGGAAUCUUGCAGUUAUUUUUGACCAGGACAUGUCCUUUAACUCACACAUAAAGCAAGUCUGUAGGACUUCCUUUUUUCACCUGCGUAAUAUUGUAAAAAUCAGGAACAUUCUGUCUCAGAGUGAUGCAGAAAAAUUAGUUCAUGCUUUUGUUACUUCCAGGCUUGACUAUUGUAAUUCCUUAUUAUCGGGUUGUCCAAAUAGCUCUCUUAAACAUCUACAGUUGAUCCAAAACGCUGCUGCGAGAGUACUGACAGGAGUUAGCAAAAGAGAUCAUAUUUCCCCUAUACUUGCUUCUCUUCACUGGCUUCCUGUUCAAUCCAGAAUAGAAUUUAAAAUCCUUCUUCUGACAUAUAAAGCUCUUAAUAACCAAUCUCCAUCAUAUCUUAAAGAUCUGAUAGUACCAUAUUAUCCUAGUAGAACUCUUCGCUCUCAAACUUCAGGCUUACUUGUUGUUCCUAGAAUUUCUAAAAGUAGAAUGGGAGGCAGAGUCUUCAGUUAUCAGGCGCCUCUCCUGUGGAACCUGCUCCCAGUUUGGGUUCGGGAGGCAGACACCCUCUCUAUUUUUAAGACCAGGCUUAAAACGUUCCUUUUUGACAAAUCUUAUAGUUGGGGCUGACUGGGUGACCCACAGGGGUUCGGCUUGUGUCUUCAUUUGCACAGCUGACUCCCUCUUGGAAGUCCCUUCGUUCUGCCCCUAGUCAUGAUGCUAUAGGCCUAGGCUGCUGGGGGACUUUUCUUGACGCACUGAGCCCUUCUCUAGCUACCUUUACAUUUAAUAUAUAUACCGUUAUUGCAGUACAUUCACUCUGUUUCCCCCUGUGCUAUUUCUCCGAGGGUCCCUGGUCCCAGAGCUGGAUGCUUCAGAUCUGCGGUCGAUGUUCCACCAGCUGGUCCAGUCUCCAUCAUGUCCACUGUGGGAUGCUGCUGCUGACCUUCCUCCAGCCCUCUGCUUCCAACUCCCCUUUUCCACCAGUCAACUCUGCAUUGCCUUCACUAUACUUGUUAUGCUAACUUACAUACUGUUUGAAUUUUACUGCUAGUUAUAUAUGGAGUAUGUCUAAUGUCAGAGCCGUACAUCAUAAGAGUAAACUAUGAGUCAGUUUUCAAUGUUAGCUUAUACUUUGUCUGUGUCACAUAUCCUGUCAUGCAUGUAUCCAAAUGUGUGUUGUGUUUUCCUUGCUUUCCCACCCCUCCCUCUUCUCCCAUCCCUCCCCCUUGCCCUCCUCUGUCCUUCUCAACCCACCCGGCCAGCAGGCAGAUGGGUCCCCCCUAUAUAGAGCCGGGUUCUGCUCGAGGUUUCUUCCCUGUUAAAAGGGUGUUUUCCUUGCCACUGUCGCCUUUGGGCUUGCUCUGGGGGUCAGGCAUAUGGGUUCUGUAAAGCGUCUUGAGACGAUUUGACUGUAAUUGACGCUAUAUAAAUAAAAUUGAAUUGAAUUGAA